GUCUGACCCAGAGCCAGAGGAUAAUGAAGAUCAUCAGUUGACAUCCCAGUCAGCACAUACAUCUGCAGCAUGAACCACUCAGAUGAGGCUUUGUUUGCAGAAGAAAUGGCCCCUGAGGGGUUUGAUGGAGGAACAGCGGUGGCGUGCACCAUCCUGGGUUUGUCUUUUCUGGUUGGAGCGCCGGGGAACCUGCUCGUGAUCUGGACUAUCUUGAGGCACGUGAAGCAGCGCUCCCACACCGUGGUCCUCAUCCUGCACCUUGCUGCCACAGAUCUGAUGGUCCUCAUCACCCUCCCUCUGUGGAUCUACUCCCUCGUCCACUCCUGGGUGUUUGGGGAGGCCUGCUGCAAGGCCAUGGUGUUCCUGAUCAACGCCUGCAUGUACAGCAGUGUCUUCUUCAUCACUCUCAUGAGCGUGGAACGGUUCGUUGCUGUGCGUUACCCUUUCAUUUCAGCUGUCUGGAAGAGAAAGAAAGCUCUGAAUAAAUUGCUGCUGGCUCUGUGGAUAGCAGCGUUUCUCUUCAGCAUACCCAUCAUCCCAACUCAGAUUGUUGGGAGCGACUCUGACGAGGAGCACUGCUUGUACCGUAGCUACACUUCGCCAACUCAAGAGCUGGUGUGUGUGCUGCUGGAGACAGUGGUGGGCUACAUCUUACCCUUCAUUAUCCUCGUGGUCUGCUACGGCUGCCUGUGCAGCCGCAUCACUCAGAUGUCUUUCAGGUCAAAACGCAAAUCCACCGUCUUGAUAGCCGGCAUAGUCGUUGCCUUCGCCAUUUGUUGGACGCCUUACCAUUUAGGAAACAUCUUGUCGAUCAUCAUCCUGGCCAUUGAAGACUCGUUCAAAGAUGCAGCGGAGAAACUGGAGAAUGUCAGAAGCACCACGGCGUUCAUCGCAGGAGCUAUGGUCUUCAUCAGCAGCACAAUUAACCCGGUCCUCUAUAUGUUUGCGGCCCACUCCUUCAGGAACUCGCUGAGCGACACCGGGAUCCAGAAGCUUUUCCGCCACAUCUCCAGCACCUCCCCAGGAGAGGGGAACAGGGAGGUGUCCUUCGUGUCCAAGAGGCACAGCAAUCAGACCGAAAGCUCUACCUGUAUGACUGAGCCGAAGGACCAGAUGAAUAUAUUGAUAAAAAUGUGUGAAAGCAAUCCCCCCUCUGAUACCGAAAUUGUGUGAGGACAUUGUUUGUGUUUUGUCUGUGUAGAUAUUAGUGUGCAUACUAUAGGAAGCCACAGUCUCUUAUUAUAUGAAGGAAUAUUUGUACAAAGUUUUGCAAUAUUUUACACAAAAUCUUUAUAACAGUGUUUUACAAUUUUACAAUGUAUGUGUGUAAAUUUUCCAUUUAAUGUGUUUUCUAUUAAUUUAUAUUUAUAAAAUGUUAAGUGGUCAUGAUUUUACUGCAUAUUUGCCAAAUUAUGUAUCAUAAAAAGAGCAAGUAACUAUGUUUGAUGAGAUGUGUCUUAAUUAAAGCUUUUGUAAAUAAUAAUAAUAAUAAUAAUAAAUAACUUUUCUCAUUUUGUUUAUGUUAAAGAUUAAACAUAUUAAAUCUAAGUCGGCACAAAUGAACUUUUUUUUUAGGAUAAAAGGAUCGGUAAGUUUU